CCUGCGUCGUCAUAAAUCUCUGCCUCCCAAUUUGGCCGGGUGGUGGCAGAAGGGGGGGGCUGGUGCUCUGUGGAGUCUCUGCUCUGUGGAUUUGCUGGAUAAAAGAUUCCUUCUUCCACUUGGCUCAACCUCAUCAAGUGGUUUUCGGUGUCGGACGAGCCGCUGCUGGGCUGCUUCAUGGUCGGUGGGCGGACCCCCCGAAGGCGUUUGGAUUUCUGAGGGUUCCGAGCUUCGACGCCAUGAACUUCUGCAUUCCGGACAUGUACGAGAUGCCUCACCCGGGGGUGGGAGGCUACGCCGUGCAGAGCGGGGGGGAGCAUUGCAUGUAUCCAGGUGAGGGGCCCGGGUACGGACAGUACGAGCCUCAGCCGCUGCACCAUCCGCCCUGCAUGGAGCAGGCUUGGCCCCCCAGCCAGCACUUCUCGUGCUCGUACGCCGGGGGCCCCUCGUCCUUUAAGUCGGAGUUCAGCAGCGGCGACGUCCCUCUGAGCCACUUCCACUACCAGCCUGAGUACUUCCCUGAGGUCAAGGCUGACUUUCCACACCUGCAGUGGAUGCAGGGGGCCCACCGGAAAGGUUACAUACCGAGUUACCUGGACAAGGAUGAACUGUGUGUCGUGUGCGGGGACAAAGCCACAGGCUAUCACUAUCGCUGCAUCACCUGUGAGGGUUGCAAGGGAUUCUUCAGGCGGACCAUUCAGAAAAACCUCAACCCAACGUACGCCUGUAAGUACGAGGGGAAGUGCGUCAUCGACAAAGUGACCAGGAACCAGUGCCAGGAAUGUCGCUUCAAGAAAUGCAUCGCCGUGGGAAUGGCCACAGACUUGGUGUUGGACGACAGCAAGCGGUUGGCCAAGAGGAAGCUUAUCGAGGAGAACCGGGAGCGCCGUCGCAAAGAGGAGCUGCAGAAGACGGCGUGGGACCGGCUGGAGCCCACCCAGGAGGAGUGGGACCUCAUCCGUCUGGUGACUGAGGCCCACACGGCCACCAACGCUCAGGGCAGCCACUGGAAGCAGAAGAGGAAAUUCCUGAGUCAGGCGGGGGGGAAGGAAACUAAGCCGGAGGAUUUUGGUCAAUCAUCCGUGGUCAGUUCACCCGAUGGAAACAAAGUGGACAUUGAAGCCUUCAGUCAGUUUACAAAAAUUAUCACCCCUGCUAUAACCAGAGUGGUGGACUUUGCCAAAAAACUGCCAAUGUUCUGCGAGCUGCCUUGCGAGGACCAGAUCAUCCUGCUGAAAGGCUGCUGCAUGGAGAUUAUGUCGCUGCGCGCCGCCGUUCGCUACGACCCGGAGAGCGAGACGCUGACGCUCAACGGCGAAAUGGCCGUCACCCGGGAUCAGUUGAAAAAUGGAGGCCUGGGCGUGGUUUCGGACGCCAUCUUUGACCUGGGCGUGUCGCUGUCCUCCUUUAACCUGGACGACUCGGAGGUGGCGCUCCUGCAAGCUGUCAUCCUGCUCUCCUCUGAUCGUCCAGGCCUGAGCAGCGUGGAGCGGAUCGAGCAAUGUCAAGAGGAGUUCCUGCUCGCCUUUGAACAUUACAUCAACCACCGCAAACACAAAUUAGCUCACUUCUGGCCCAAGCUGCUAAUGAAAGUGACAGACUUGCGUAUGAUCGGCGCCUGCCACGCCAGCCGAUUCCUCCACCUGAAGGUGGAGUGUCCCACUGAGCUGUUCCCGCCACUUUUCCUGGAGGUCUUCGAGGACUGACCCCGUGGGCGUGUGCAUGUGUUUGUAUGUGUGCGUCGAUUCCUUGGGUACCCUGGCGGUCUCCGGGGUGGAGCCAGCAAAGCUGCACAUCUCAAUGAACUGUGGUCACACCGAGUGUCCCUUCAUUCCGUAGUUUAGGGGUCCAGCUCACAGGUCCUGUGAGGAGCCUCCAGCUUUUCUUUUAUUUCAUGACUUGUUUUCCCGUCGCUCUGAUCUUACAGUAGAUUUGUUGAGGAUUGUACGGAUGACACAGUGCUGAUCUAAUCGACGCUUGUUCACUGGUGACAAACCACACUAAUGUUCCUUCCCCUAAAAACGUGGUGACAGCUCACGUGAUGCACUACAGCACGCUUAGUUAGCUUCUCUGCUGAUCCAACCUGUCUCCGUUUGGUCCAUCCAGGACGUUUGGUACUUUGCUAUCACAUUCUGAGCGCACCUGUUUACGGCUCCACACUCGUGGACUUUAAACUCAUCCGGGUAGAACAGAUGUGGCGUUUGAAAGUUGUCGGAAAAAUCAAACUCCAAUUAAGAAGCCCAUUUUACAUGAAAGAAAGAAAAGAAAACAAAUCAGAUUCUUCUUUGGGAGAGAGUUCAACAGCCCCCUUGAUGUUUACGUCAUUUCCUCCCUUUGAUGCUCGUCCUCUCUUUGGUCCGUGGAAAGUCCCACGCUGACGCUCAUUUCAGCGUGAAGCUGUUUUCUUCAGUUCAGCUAAGAGGAGCAUCAGAGGAAACCGGCUCUGGAUCCGACCCGGACCAAACCUGUCAGGAUGGAUGCUGCCUUAAAUGAAACGUAAACAUGCUAGCUUUGAUAAAGCCGCGUUGGAUAAAAGCCUCUAACAGCUGUAAAGGAUGGCAGACAGAAAAUACAGAAUCCACCUUCUGAAAUACAAAUGCGUAAAAUGCUAACGAUCCUAUCACGCUGGAGCUGUGACUGUGGCGCCUGAAAGACGGAUAAAGAGUAAACCAAAGCUUUUGUUGCCUGAAUGUGAAGGAGAAUUUCCUCGAGAGCUGACGAAUACGGAACACUUUCUGCUAUCACACGGUUCUGUUGCGGUCCAUUCUACACAUCUGCCCAGACGUCCGUUCACUGUUCAAGAAUGAGAAAGUACUCAGGUUACAGAGCUCACUGAAUCUGAGUGAGAUCUCAAGUUCAGGUUUAUGUUUUUGAAACACAACAGCUGCUGUUACACUUGAACAUUUUUUUUCUUUUAAGAAAACGGAAGAAAACAGUGAUUUACUCCUGGAAUGUGUCGAUUUUUUUCUCUUUUUCUUGCGUUUGAUCACCUGAUUGUCACAGAGGGACGGUGACGGCACAGAGAAACUGAGUAUUAAUGCUAAAGAUUUACCGACAGUGAAUGGAGCGCGGUAAAGGAGCAGGGCCCGGUCAGGAAGAGGACAAGCACAAGCCAGCUCUGAGGGUAGGAUGUGACAAUCGUGCAAACUCUUGUUUUCAUAAGCCAGUGUCGGGUUUUGUUCCCACCUCAGUGAACUCCUGCAGAACUUUCCUCACGGUGAGCUCUGGUUUUGCACGCCGCACGCUCACCUUCUACGGUCCUGUCACUUUAAGUCCUGGUGCUAUGGGAAGUUCAUUCUGAUCAUCCAUUCAACACACAGCAUGCGCACAGUGCUGAGACCCCAUCACUGUGAGCCGCUGGUGGAUGCUGGCUCAGUCGGCAGCGGCUUCGUGGUCAUCGGUGAAGGCCUGCGAGACGCUGAUCUUCAGCCGUGUGCCGACGUCUUUUGCAUUUGUCGCCCUCUUAAGCUUAGCGCUCCUUCCUUAAAGCAGUUUGUGGGUUUUCUCCUCAUUUCCGUGAAGUGAUGCCUUUUUUAUCAAAGCAAUAGACUUGCUUCGGUGUUUGAAUGACUCGGACCUAACAAGCACUCGCACACCUCGCAGACUCGAGCAAAUGCACAGACAAUCAGAGGGGGGAGAGAACGUGGACGGUUACAGACCGGUGCUUAGAUGAACCGCCAAAGCCAGACUACACCGACAGUAAAGGUCGUUAGAAAUAUAACAAUUCACUUUUAAAGACUGGAAAUGGAAAUGUUAAAUUGCACCCCCCUUCUGGGAGCUAAAUCCAGCGAGAGAGCAAUCAGGAGCCAGAUUCAUUAUCUUAAUGUUACAGGAAGUCCUCCUCAUAUCUACAAACUUGUAGGUGAUUAAUGUAGAUCCUGUAGGGUGGCUACAGUCAAACAAGUAUUAAUCAUUUCAAUUCUUUAGUUAAGUGUUUUUCCUCAUAAUCUGCACUAACGGGGGAAAUUAAUUUGACGAUAUAUCGCGAUAUUUUCGUUUAGUGAUGCUUAUAUCGAUUUAAAAUGCUGACAAGACGAUAUUUCAUUAAUUAUUUAUGAGCGUCCUUCAGUGUUUUCCACCUAAACCCCCAACCACUUGGCAGCACACUUUGAGCAGCUCCAUACCGCAACCAAAACAACAAGAUCUCACGAUUAAGUUAAAAGUUGAGUCAGCCUUGCAGUUUUUUUCAUUAUGAGACAUGUACUACUUAUUUUUUACUUGGGAUGGUUACCGAACUGAAAGUCUGUGCCUCGUUGCUGCCAGUAUCAGAAUACAGUUGCAGUGCUUAAUGUUGUGAUCAUUAAGUAAAAUUAAUUUUCUUAUAAAAAAAAGUGAAAAAUUAAUCUGCUACAGUCUUGGAAUAUAUCGCGAUAUGUAUCGUAUUGUUAUACAGAUUGUAUUGCCAGGCUCUUGUUAAUACACACACCAAGUUUCUACCCACCAAAAGAUAUUAAUGAACACAUUACUUUUGGUCAGACCAGAUUAAUUAAGACAUGGACGUUGGGCAGACGGGUGAGAUCCCACCGCUGACACCAGUGUACCAAACUUGAUUUAAAUGCAACUGUAGUUGCUGCCACCACCUUUGAUUUGGACCAGUCUUUAUGUCCGUAAUAUUCUAAAGUAUUUAAAGAAAGCUUACAAGAUUAUCUAGCACAGCAUCACUUAAAUUGAAGGUUGCAGUAUUUGCUCGUUUAGAGACUUCAAACUCAAUUACAAAUCUGCACUGCAUAUCCACAAGGGCGCUCUCCGGUUAAGGAUAGUCCCUGCAUUUAAUUUGCUCGUUUGCAUCUGACAUAAAAAAAAAUGCAUUAUAUUCCACGAUGACUUCAUUAUUCAAGGUUGCUUCAUGCUGACUAACUGCAAAGCUGUCCUGAUACCAAAGAGGAAGCAGCAAAAUGAGCUACAGAACUGACCGGAAAAGCAGAUAGAUCUGUGACCCCCCAAACAGAGGUCCAAAUGGAAAUAAAAAUAUUGCAGUAUUUUGGGAUCAGUUGGACUCAUAAGUGGUGCGUUUCCUUAAAAUUAAAGUCUGGGUGCAGCAGAGAGAUAUGAAACUUUACACCACCUUAACCUGUGGUUCUCCCCAACAACUGAUUAUUUUCUUGUUUUCCAGCUCUUUACUUGAUCUAUCUAAUCAUGUGGUUCUAACAGACCAAACAAACCUUCUGUAACCGGUAAAUGGUUUGCACUUGUAUAGCACUUUUCUACCGAGCGGUACUCAGAGAACAUUGCUUAUCCUCUACCCCUGUGCUCACAUAGACUCGUGGAGAUAACUCAUUUAGAGAACUAUAGAAUACUUAGACAUGUGACUGGGGUGGCAAGAAAUCAAACCACCAACCAUUCAGUUAAGAGCCAACUACUUCACCUCUAAGUCAUCAUAAUGUCUACAAGGAAUAUCUCUGAACAGCUUGUUACCUUUUGAAAUUAAAAGUCACUUUUAAUCAUUUUACAAAAGCAGUACGUUUACCUAAAAAUACUGGGAAACCCAAAUACAGAUGUAAGAAAAAAAAUAGAGCAAUAAAACUUAAAAUAAGUCAACUGAAGAUUUCUUUACUAAUCCCACUACCUUAACAAAGCAGUUGAGAAGAUGUUUUGAUCCCUUAAAAUGGAAGCUUAGUUUGACUGAAGUUAUAAUUCCUGGUAAAACUUUAAUUGCAGCAAUUUGCACCAAAUGUAGAGGAAUGUUUUAGCCGGUUCUGGUCAAGGCUAGAUUAUCAUCAGACAAAUAAACAUAAAGCCUUCUAAAGAUCAGUUGGUUCGGCUUAAAAAAACAAAUAUAGUUAAUUAUUGUGUAAAAAUGGUCGUAUUCCAAUUAUUUUUGGACUUUACAGGCUCUUUUUGUGGUGGAUUAUGAGAGAGGCCUCAAAUAUAAAGACAUAGUCGAACAUGAAUAAGGAAAAACUGAUGGAAUACAUUUAAAGUGAAUAGUCAAACUUGAUUUCUACCUUUUUCUUUGACUCGGUUACAUCUUCACCAGCAAGUUUGACAGAAGCAAUAAAGUUGAGAAAAGUUUUUUGGGUUAUUUUAUGUUGUGGGUAGCUCUUCUCAAAAACCCAACAUGUAGACGUGGUCGGCGUUGCCUGCUGGUCCAGACAGCGGUUCUGGCCGGUUCACUGUUCUCUCCCACCUCAUUGCUCCUCUCUAGAUGACUCAGUUACAAACCAACAAGAAGACCUGCACCAUAGAAAACUCUUACAGAGGAAACGGGAUGUAUAUUUUCAGACUGCAGAUUUAUUUUACAGAUGUUUACAGCUCAAUAAAGAUGUGGUUUUAGUUUUGCAAAGUUUUAUGAAUGAAAAUAUCUCUUGAAUUCAUGUCAAUUUAAGGCAAAAGAAAAGGCACUAAUGGACUGUCAGCACAAACUCAUUGGGGACAACGUUUCUGUCCGCACAUAAGCAGCAGCAGAGGAGCCACAGAUUCUCUCUCGGUGUCUAAAUGUCUCCCUGUUCAGCUCAUCACAUACUGAAACACAGGAGGGAAUGCAGUCGUUUCCACAGGAAACUGUAAGUGCACAUGGUGGACUGCAGCUGAUGUAAAUAAAGAUCCUUUUAAGAAAA